UGAGGCCAAUCUGGUUAGUUAGUGGCCGACACCUCACCCGAACAAACUCCGUCCUCUUCAUCUUCGUCUUCGUCUUCAAUCUAUCUCCCUUUCUCUUCCAAAUACGGCUGCAGCAACCAGCAGAAGAAGCCACUAGUUCUUCGUGCUGCGCCAUGUGAGCUUCUUGUUUCCGACACUCAAUCUUCGGUUCUUCUUCAACCGCAUUCUUGUACGUUGUUUUGUAGUUGCGUCGGUGUGUACAGAUAGAAAAACCACCUGAAACGGAUGUACUACUGAGAUCUGAGUUGUAGUUCCCAAGAGAUAAUAAUAAUAAUAAUAACAAUAAUAAUAAUAAGAGUAACAAACUAACAACUAUCUGGUUUUUGUGGCAUCGGCCGCGUAUCUCUCCCUCUCCCUCGUUCUCUCUCCCUGCUGUAUGUGAAUUAAUCGUUUCGGAGUUCAACUCCGUCGUCAAAGUCUGUUUAUGCUCAAUUAGUUUCUCGUCGAGAUGAUUGCCUCCGGAAAUCGACCGUUAUUUCGUUGUUCCACGCCUGAGGUUGGCUCUGAUGAUGAUUCUUCGCCCAAGGUAGGGUUCGUGAAGUUUGCGGUGUCUAAUUUUGGCGGCAACUGUUUGGGGAUCCGAAGUGUUGAUUCUAGAUCGAGCCUUUUCGCGCCGCUGAAUACAAUGGAGGGCUCUAAAACGUCGUACGUCGAUGGAGAAACUGAGGUUCUCCGAGAACGACACCAGUCAGGCUGCAAUCCAAGCGAUAACGUGGUGAUAAAUGAUUCUGACGGUAAAAGCAUCUGCGAGGGAUCUAUAAUUGGGAAUUCCAGUAACAUUGUUUGGCAUAAGUGUUCCGUUGACAAAAUUGACAGGCAGGAGUUACUUAAGCAAAAAGGUUGUGUCAUAUGGAUCACAGGUCUUAGUGGUUCAGGAAAGAGCACUUUGGCAUGUGCUUUAAGUCGAGGCUUGCACUCCAGAGGGAAGCUGAGCUACAUCCUUGAUGGUGAUAAUGUUCGUCAUGGUCUAAACAGCGAUCUUAGUUUCAAAGCAGAGGAUAGGGCUGAAAACAUUCGAAGAAUUGGAGAGGUAGCGAAGCUUUUUGCAGAUGCUGGAGUAAUUUGCAUCGCUAGUUUAAUAUCUCCCUACAGGAAGGACCGAGAUGCUUGCCGUGUGCUACUGCCAGAAGGAGAAUUCAUUGAAGUAUUUAUGGAUGUGCCUCUUCAAGUAUGUGAAGAAAGGGACCCUAAGGGGUUGUACAAGCUUGCCCGGGCUGGGAAAAUCAAAGGUUUUACUGGGAUUGAUGAUCCAUAUGAGCCCCCAUUGAAUUCUGAGGUACAUAUGCCUUUUUGUGGAAAAAGAAUGUGUCCAAACUCAUUCAAACAGCUCAGAGUAGAUUUGGUUACUCUAAAUACAAACUGAAAGAAGAAAAAUGAAAGCUGAUGAUAGUGUUGGAACAGAAAGGAGAGAUCUGUGCUUCCCCAAGUGAUUUGGCUGAGACAGUGCUAGCUUACUUGGAGGAAAAAGGGUAUCUCCAUGCCUAAUUUACAAACAAUGCUCUCUUAGUUCUUGCCCGUGGAACUUGCCCGCCUAUCCAAUAAAAUGCUGCAGAAUUGCGCGGUUGGCUUAAAUAGCCACAGAAGGAAACUACUUGUUUCCUUUUUCCUGUUUUUAUUUGAUUAUUAUGUGUGAUAUCAGCCGUUUGACAAAUAGUUUGGUUAGUUAAUCUCAUAUUUGUUGUGUAUUUAAUAUUUAUCCAUUAAAUAUUGAAAUUUGUGUUGCGAUUUAA